AUGCGCGCCCUCCGCCGCUGUGGCGCAGCGGGGAGGGCGCUGCUCUCUGGCUCCAGAAACCGGGGGUUCGAGCCCCGCCGCAACCGCCAUGGGCGUCGCGGUGUCCCUGCUGCGUGUCGCGCUGUCACCCCCCCCCGCCAUGGGUCCCCUCGGUUGUCACCCCGCGGGGGUGCUGAGCAAUGGCGGGGGCGGGGCGCGCCCUUCUCAGCAGUGUGGCAACACCACCGGCAACUUUCUUCCUUCCUUCCUUCUUCCCUCGCCGCCGCCCGCUGCGCCCGGAGCCGGGGUCCCACCGGAGCCAGGGGUGUCACAGGAGCAGGGGGUGUCACAGGAGCCGGGGGGGCCACCAGAACCGGGGGUCUCACAGAAGCCGGGGGUCUCAGCGGAGUCGGGGGUGUCACAGGAGCCGGGGGUCGCACCGGAGCCGGGGGUGUCACAGGAGCCGGGGGUCUCAUGGGUGAGCGCUGCCCGGGGACCCCGCGCACGGCCCGGAGGGGACACGGAGCGCCUGGCACGGCCGGUGCCCUCGGGAGGGGUCCCCAAGGCUCGGGGGGCGCGGGCAGGGGGCGCGGGGGUCUCCGGGUGGCCGCCCUCAGCCUCGCCCUCCUCUUCCUCCGCGCAGAGGCCGAAGGCUUCGCCCUCUGCCACGCGCCCGCGCUGCAGACCAAGGUGUUCCAGUACCGGCUGUGGGACGUGAACCAGCGCUCGCUGUACCUGCGCGACGAGCAGCUGCUGGCCGGGCACCUGCAGGGCGCCAACGCCGCGCUGGAAGAGAAGGUGUUCUGGGUGCCCAACCGCGCCCUGGAGCCCGCGCGGCUGCCGGUGAUCCUGAGCGUGCGGAGCGGCUCCCGCUGCCUGCGCACCGAGCGCGGCCCCGGCGGAGAACCGCGGCUGCGGCUGCAGGACGUGGACAUCCGGGAGCUGCCCCGCGCCGGUGACAGCGCUGUCGCCUUCACCUUCUUCCGCUCCUACCGGGACGGGCUGUGGCGCUUCGAGUCGGCCGCGCACCCCGGCUGGUUCCUGUGCACGUCCCCGCGCGGCCACCAGCCCCUGGCGCUCUGUCGCCACGGCGAUGUCACCUCCCAGCUGCUCGACUUCUACUUCCAGCUCUGCUGAACGCCCCCGGUCCCCGCGCGGGGACAGCGGAGCCCCAGGGUGGUGGCAUCUUCCUGGGGAGGGUGGCAUCCCCCUAGGACGGUGACAUCCUCACCCCAGGGUGGUGGCAUCUUCCUGGGGAGGGUGGCAUUCUCCCCAGCGUGGUGACAUCCUUACCCCAGGGUGGUGACAUCUUCUUGGGGAGGGUGGCAUCACCCCAGCACGGUGACAUCUUCCUGGGGAGGGUGGCAUCCUCACCCCAGGGAUGGUGUCGUCCCCCUGCGGAGGUGCCAUCCCCCCCAGCAUGGCGACAUCCUCACGCAGGGAGAGUGACAUCCUCGCUCCUCGGUGACAUCUUCCCCAGGGCGGUGACAUCCAUCCGGGACCGUGCCAUCCCCCCUUCUUCGGGGCGUGCCAUCCCCCUGGGGACAGCGCCAUCCCCCUGGGGACAGCGACAUCCACCCGGGGACAGCGACAUCCACCCGAGGACAGUGCCAUCCCCCUGGGGACAGCGACAUCCGCCCCGGACGCCGGUGCGGGAAUAAAGAGAUGCCGAGGCCACGCGGUGCCCGAGUGUGGGUGGCACACGGGUGGCACACGGGUGGCACGGCGGGGACAGGGCGGGGCUGGUGGCCCCGCUGGAUGUGUCACCGCGGCGGAGUGGCCGCUCUUGCGCCACCCGCGCGAUGG